CUACAGUGUGACUUACAAUUUUUUACAAUAAUGUGAUGAGACUUUGAGGGAAAUAUUCCGUUCAGUUCCGAUAGAGACAAGGAAAAUAUUUUAUUUCAUGGGAACGUAAUAAUGCAUGAUAUAGCAAAGAACAGUAAUUUCCGUUGUAAGCAGAAAAACUUUCACAAUUAUAGUAUUCACAGAAGCGGAAAAUAACUUCCACCCCGUAUUAAAUGAUUCAAUGACAUUAUGUCGAUUUUUUAAUGAUAAUAAUUGAUGGCCCUACAAUAGGGUUGAUAUGUUUAAGUAUGUAAAAUACUGUACAUAGCCGCAGUCGCUAGACUUGGUGCUCGGUUACAUUUAAAUGAAAUUUAUUGACCUUCACGAUAGUAAAACAUGUUAUAUCCGUUACUUCUGUUGUACCAGUGAGUAGCUGAUAAAAUUGUAAAAAGCGACAUUCUCAAAAAGAGGUGAGCAAUAUCUAUAAAUACUGUUUUUUAGUUGUAUUUUUAUACAAAUAGUACAUUGCAUUACGAUUAAAUAAGAUCGUCUGAUAUAUAUAUUCUCAACUCGACAUUACAUUGUACAUAAUCUAUGUUAAGUUAAAUAAAAUUUGUUAUAUUUACAUUCAAUGUUAAGUGAUUUGAGCAGUUUGUAAAAUUUAUCUUAUAUAAUUCAUAAAAUAUUAUAUUGCCUGUUACAUCGAAUUCAAUUAAUUUAGCAUAUUUAAGGAAAAAAUACUUUUCGCAAUGUUUUAAACUACUUUUUCUAGAUAUUUUACAUAUAGAAAGAGGCUGCACUCUUGAGCGCAUCGAUAAGUUCGUAAAAAGAGGUCCAAAUAUGCAAAUAUUUUCUCUAAAUUUUUUAAUACACACACUUUGUGGUAUAUGGCGACCUAUCGAGUGGUCGUCGAAUGGUGUAAAAUUACUGUAUAAUGUAUUUACCUUUAUUGUAAUAUUCUCGCAUUACUUUUUGGCAUUAACUCAAUUUAUGGAUAUAAUUCUUAUUGUCGACAAUAUUGAUGAUUUUGCUACUAAUACUCUAAUGUUUUUGACUGUUGUUGCCGUUACUUGUAAAGCGACUGUCGUUGUGAUGCGGCGGAAUGCGAUCACCAAUUUGAUACAAGUAUUGACGAAGACACCGUGCAAACCUCGCGACGAGGACGAAGCGGCGAUACAAACAAAAUUUGAUAUGUUUAUCAGAUCGUGUUCGUUAAAAUAUUUACUUCUGACAACAACAUCCGUUACAGGCACUACAAUAGGAUCAGUAUUAAAUGUUAUGCAUGGACAUCUGCCUUAUCGAAUAUGGCUGCCAUGGAAUAAUAAUGCACCCAUGGUGUUUUGGAUUAUAUCCAUUCAUCAAAUCAUAACUGUAAUUUUUUCUGCUAUGAUAAAUGUGGGCACGGAUACCCUUAUCAUAGGAUUGAUUUUGCAAACGUGUACUCAAUUUGAAAUUUUUGAAAGUCGUCUUCACAAAUUAAUAAUUAGUAAAACAGUUGGAUACCUAGGACGUGCAUUUUCUUCAUCGAAUCAAAAUAAAACAGAAAUAUCGGACUGCAUAUGUCAUCAUCUUAGUAUUUAUAAAUAUGCCAAAACGGUAAACAUUAUAUUCAAUCAGGUGCUCUUCGUUCAAUUUUUCGCAAGCAUAUUGGUAUUGUGUACAAGCGUGUAUUAUCUGUCGAUACAUAUUGCAGAACUGUUUGGAGCUGCGACUUUUUUAGUGUACACUAUUGGCAUGUUUGUACAAAUCUACAUUUACUGCUGGUCUGGAAACGAAGUCAUUCUUAAGAGUAUGAGCGUAGAAGAUGCUAUAUACUGUAUGAACUGGCCACUAUUAUCAAUUAAUGAAAAGAAAGAAUUGAUGAUGAUCAUGAUACGAAGUACAAUUCCUAUAAAGUUCACUAGUAGUUUCUUUAUAACUUUAUCUCUUCAAUCUUAUAACAAUGUUAGUAGUACUGUUAUGACAAGUAUUUUGAUUCCAAAAAAUAUAAAUAUCUAUAGUGCGCGAGAUUAUCAACAAAUUUCUAUAAAAAGAGCUUACACUUUUGCGCGCAUCGAUAAGUUGUUCGUCAAAAGAGUAGCGAAUACUUCAAAUAUGCAAAUACUUUCUCUAAAUUUUUUAAUAUAUACUCUUUGUGGCAUAUGGCGGCCUAUCAAGUGGUCAUCAAAUAGUGCGAAACUGCUGUAUAGUGUAUUUACCUUUAUCGUAAUAUUCUCACAAUAUUUUUUGGUGUUCACUCAAUUUAUGGAUAUAAUUCUUGUUGUCGACAAUAUCGACGAUUUUGCCACUAAUACUUUAAUGUUCCUGACUAUUAUUGCUGUAUGUUGUAAAGCAACUGUUGUUGUGAUGCGGCGAAAUGAGAUUAUUAAUUUGGUGCAAGUAUUGAUGAGAGAACCGUGUAAACCUCGUGAUGAGGACGAAGCGAUGAUACAAACAAAAUUUGAUAAGUUUAUCAGAUCGUAUUCUAUAAAAUACUCACUUUUGGCAACAGGCUCGGUUAUUGGUACUACAAUAGGAUCUAUAUUUAAUAUUAUGCGCGGACAUCUGCCAUAUCGAGUAUGGUUGCCAUCCAAGUACAAUGUUCCUUUGGUGUUUCGGAUUGUGUCCAUUCAUCAGAUCAUAACUAUAAUUUUGGCCACUAUGAUAAAUGUUGGCACGGAAACCCUAGUUUUCGGAUUGUUUAUACAAACGUGUGCUCAACUUGAAAUUUUCGAAAGUCGUCUUCACAAAUUAAUAAAUAGCAAAUCAGUUGGGCAUCUCGGCCAUGGAUUCUCUUCGUUGAAUCAAGACAAAAUAGAGAUACCGGAUUGCGUACGACAUCAUCUCAGCAUUUUCAAAUACGCAAAAACGAUAAACGUUAUAUUCAAUCAGGUGCUCUUCGUUCAGUUUUUUGCAAGCAUACUGGUAUUAUGUACAUCUGUAUAUUACCUGUCAAUGAAUAUUACAGACCUGUCUGGAACUGCACCUUUGUUAGUAUACACCAUUUGCAUGUUUGUACAAAUUUAUGUUUAUUGUUGGUCUGGAAACGAAGUAAUUCUUAAGAGUAUGAAUACAACAGACUCUAUAUAUCAUACAGACUGGCCAGUGUUAUCAGUUGACGAAAAGAAAAAAUUGUUGAUGAUCAUGAUACGAAGCACAAUUCCUAUAAAAUUUACCAGCAGCUUCUUAAUAACUCUAUCCCUUCAGUCUUACAACAAUAUCUUAAAAGCGUCAUACUCCGCGUUUAACGUACUUAAAAAAUGAAAUAUAAAAAACAGAAAUUGUACUGAAGCAAGAUAAUUAUAUAGUUCUUUCAAAAUAUAGUUUUUUCAAAUUA